UAUAAACUGAUGAGUCAAACCAUUUCAUUGAAAGGUUGGCAUAAGUGAAGCUCGAAGGGAUCACCAUGAAAAGGUGAGAGAAAUCACAGGUCGGACGCGAAGCAGAAUUUCCACCCCACCGGCCACCUGGAUCCGAUAACAGAGCUGGGAAGCCGUCAUUACUGGUACUCCAGGGCACUGGGGACACGCGACGGCAGCCGAAGCUCAAGCAUACUCACUGUGAGCUCGAAGAAAGCAAGCAUCCAGGUUGGAAGUGUCACCUGCCUGACAAUCGAGUGUACCUCAACGACUGGAAGGGCGACUUCGACUUGCGUGGGACGUUGAGCUGAUAUCAAGGAAAUCAACUAUGUCAACCGGACAUUGUAUCUCUUGGACAGCCUCCCUCAACAUACCUAAGGCUCAUAUCGCCAAUAUGGCUUCUACAACUCCUUCCUCUGCGCGAUCAAUCAUACGCACCUUCAUCCGCCACUACUCUGCCCCAGUCGACUCCUCUAUUCCAGCCAACAAGCUCAAAUAUGUGCCCUCGUCAGGCACAUAUCCCAAAGGCUUCCGCGUGAGCGGCACGCAUGUCGGCGUCAAAGCCUCCAACAAGACCCAGCCUGACCUGGCCUUCAUCACUUCCGACAUCCCUGCCUCCGCCGCCGCGGUCUUCACCACGAACAAAUUCCAAGCCGCCCCCGUGCAGAUCAGCAAGGCCGUCCUUCAAUCCCGUGGCGGCGCCAACCUGCGUAGCAUCAUCAUAAACUCCGGCUGUGCCAACGCGGUCACCGGAAAAGGCGGCAUGGAUGAUGCCCAGGCUAUGUCCGACACCGCGACGGCUCAAUUCCAACAAUCCGCCCAGCCCGAAGACCAUCUCGGGUCUACCAGCCUUGUCAUGUCCACCGGCGUCAUCGGCCAGCGCCUGCCCAUCAAGAAGAUCCUCUCAAAGAUCCCUACGGCCUAUUCGAACCUGGACAACGACCACAAUGCGUGGCUCACCACCGCGAAGGCGAUCUGCACGACUGAUACCUUUCCCAAACUACUCUCCACGACAUUCACCCUGCCGUCCACAGCCCACAAGGACGCAAAGUAUCGUCUGGCCGGCAUGACCAAAGGCGCCGGCAUGAUCCACCCGAACAUGGCCACGCUCCUGGGCAUCCUGUGCACCGACGCGCCGAUAUCCCCGGGUGCUGCGCAGUCCCUUUUGACGGAAGGCGUGAACAGAUCAUUCAAUUCGAUCUCCAUCGACGGCGACACGAGCACGAACGACACCGUUGCACUUUUGGCGAACGGCGCAGCAGCCCCGAGCCCAGAUACGCCGGCCAUCCCCGACGACGCCAACUCGGAAGAUUACAUCGCAAUGGCCAAAAUCCUGACCGACUUUGCCCAGCGCUUGUCUCAGCUGGUCGUCCGCGACGGCGAAGGCGCCACGAAAUUCGUCCAAGUCAGCGUUCGCCAUGCGCCGACUGAUGCCGACGCAAAGGCCAUCGCGAGCACGAUCGCACGGAGCCCCUUGGUCAAGACCGCCUUGUACGGCAAGGACGCUAAUUGGGGCCGGAUCCUCUGCGCAAUCGGAUAUACGCCCAACAUCUCCCCUGAUGCCGUGGUCCCGAGUAAGACGAAUGUGAGUUUCGUGCCGGCUCAGAACUCAAAGAGCAAAGAUGAGGGCGUGCUGAAGCUGCUGGUCAACGGCGAGCCCGAAGUCGUCGAUGAAGAGCGUGCUGCGAGACUGCUCGAGGACGAGGACCUGGAGAUCGAGGUCGAUCUGGGCACGGGCAAUGAGGAGGCAAAGUAUUGGUUUUGCGAUUUCAGUCAUGAGUAUGUUACUAUCAACGGUGACUACCGGACUUGAAUGAUGGCCGGGGGGAGGGAAGAUACUGUAGGAUGCCUGUUAGAGAACGAUGGAGCGGGAGUAGUUAGAAUCGCCGGACUGGUGGGCCCAAGAGCCUCGAUACUCGAUGAAACAGCAGAUACCUCGUCUAUGAUUGCGCUGGCUGAGAAGCAGUACCUAGAAAUAAAUUGGUGGAUGACCUUUAC